UGCUUGGAAAUACUUGGUAGUGUUGAUCACCUGUACCCCAGCACAAGAGCUCCAGCUUAAUCCUUUUCAAACACUUCUCUCAGAACAUGGGGGAAAAUGAUGAUGAAAAAUACAGUCAAGCUGGCCAGAUAUUUGAAAACUUUGUACAAGCAUCAACGUGCAAAGGUACCAUUCAGGCCUUUAAUAUUCUCACUCGCCAACUUGAAUUAGAUCCUUUGGACAAUAGAAACUUUUACACCAAACUGAAGUCAAGAGUGACCACAUGGAAGGCCAAAGCUCUGUGGAACAAGCUUGAUAAAAGAGCAAGUCACAAAGAGUAUAAGCGCGGAAAAUCUUGUAUGAACACUAAGUGUUUAAUUAUUGGAGGUGGCCCAUGUGGCUUGCGGACUGCCAUAGAACUUGCCUUCCUGGGAGCCAAAGUCGUCGUCGUGGAGAAGCGGGACACUUUUUCAAGAAACAAUGUGUUGCAUCUUUGGCCGUUUACAAUCCACGACCUCCGGGGACUGGGAGCAAAGAAAUUUUAUGGAAAAUUCUGUGCAGGAUCUAUUGAUCACAUUAGUAUUCGACAACUUCAACUUAUCCUCUUCAAAGUUGCACUUAUACUAGGAGUUGAAAUCCAUGUGAAUCUAGAAUUCGUGAAAGUCCUGGAACCUCCUGAAGAUCAAGAAAACCAAAAGAUAGGUUGGAGGGCUGAAUUUCUCCCCAUGGAUCACCCUUUGUCAGAGUAUGAAUUUGAUGUUAUUAUUGGUGCAGACGGCCGCAGGAACACGUUAGAAGGUUUCAGGAGGAAGGAGUUUCGUGGAAAGCUGGCUAUAGCUAUCACUGCCAAUUUUAUAAACAGAAAUACAACUGCAGAAGCCAAGGUAGAAGAAAUUAGUGGUGUUGCUUUCAUCUUCAAUCAGAAGUUCUUCCAAGACCUUAAAGAGGAAACAGGAAUUGACCUGGAGAAUAUUGUUUACUACAAAGAUAGCACUCAUUAUUUUGUGAUGACAGCAAAAAAGCAGAGUCUUCUGGACAAAGGAGUGAUUAUUAAUGACUACAUUGAUACUGAGUUGCUCCUCUGUGGGGAAAAUGUGAACCAGAGCAAUUUGCUGUCCUAUGCCAGAGAAGCUGCUGACUUUGCAACCAAUUACCAGCUGCCUUCCUUGGAUUUUGCAAUUAAUCACUAUGGGCAACCAGAUGUAGCAAUGUUUGAUUUUACUUCCAUGUAUGCAUCUGAAAAUGCUGCACUAGUGAGAGAGAGGCACAGACAUCAGCUCCUGGUGGCGCUUGUUGGAGAUAGUUUGCUUGAGCCUUUCUGGCCAAUGGGUACUGGCUGUGCAAGAGGCUUCUUAGCUGCUUUUGAUACUGCAUGGAUGGUGCGGAGCUGGGCUCAAGGAAAACCCCCGUUAGAAAUCCUUGCUGAACGAGAGAGCAUUUAUCGACUAUUGCCUCAGACUACCCCUGAAAAUAUUAACAAGAACUUUGACCAGUAUACCAUUGACCCGGGAACAAGAUACCCGAACUUGAACUCAAGCUGCGUUCGACCUCACCAGGUGAGGCAAUUAUAUGUUACCAAUGAGUUACAACAAUGUCCUCUUGAAAGAGUAAACUCCAUUAGAAGAUCAGUGAAUCUCUCAAGACAUGAGUCAGAUAUUCGACCUAACAAACUUUUGACCUGGUGUCAGAAACAGACAGAAGGGUAUCGUAAUGUUAAUGUCACAGACCUGACUACCUCCUGGAAAAGCGGCCUUGCGUUGUGUGCAAUUAUCCACCGCUUCAGACCUGACCUCAUUGACUUUGAUGCUCUGAACGAAGAGGACAUUGUCAAAAACAACCAGCUGGCAUUCGAUGUUGCUGAGCAGGAGUUUGGGAUCCCCCCUGUGACCACGGGGAAGGAGGUGGGGUCAGCCGGGGAGCCCGACAAGCUCAGCAUGGUCAUGUACCUCUCCAAGUUUUACGAACUGUUCAGGGGCACACCUCUGCGGGCAGUAGAUGCGGGCGACAAGCAAAAUGGAGAAAAUAACGAUCUUUGUUCAGCAAAAUCAUCGAACUUCAUCUUUAAUAAUUAUAUCAAUUUAACUUUACCAAGAAAACGAGUACCAAAGGUUGAAGGGAAAACCGAAGAAAAUGAGACUAACAAAAGACGUCGAAAAGGUCUUUUUGGUGUCUUCGAGGAGGCUUCAGGCUUUUCAAGCCAAGGGACGAAUGCUGGGAAAGAACAGAGUGAUGGCAGAGAAGGAAUGAACCAGAAUAAAGUUAAAUCAAUGGCGACUCAACUGUUGGCAAAGUUUGAAGAGAAUGCUCCAAAUACAAUUUUUCGGAGGCAGGAGCUAAUAGAUAGACCAGCCCUGCUCUCUUCUGACCCUUCUGUUAAUCCUCGCUUUGCUAAACCGAAGGAUCCAAAUCUUCUUCCACCUCAACCAAAAAGGCAGUUUCAGGUGGUAGCUAGGAGUGAACACGAGGUCAGGGAACCCAAACAGUCUUUAAAUGGUUCUGAUCAUAUGGCCAGGAGAGCAAAGACUGUACAAAAAACAGAUACCCAGCCCAGUCUGUCAGAAACCUCUGAAAAUCUCGCAUCUGCCUGUUCUGCUGCAUUUGUACUUUCUGGAGUGCUUGAGCGUCUUCAGCACCUGGAGGAAAAAAUGAAACAGAAAAGAGCUCAGACCAUAGCAAAUAGGGAAUUCCAUAAAAAGAACAUUAAAGAGAAAGCAGCACAUCUUGCCUCAAUGUUUGGAUACAUGGAGUUUCCAAAGAAUAAGCUACCUACUAAAGGCUUACCCCAUUCUCAGCCCCCAACUCCCUCUUGCCCUCCACCUCAUGAUUCAGCUGCUGCCUCUUCUCCGUCAUCUGUCGGUUCAGCUUCCCCUGCUCUUCCUUCUAGACAGAUGACUGUAGGAAAUGUCUCACAUGCAAUUGGAGCUGUGGCUGAAGUUCUUGUCAAUCUGUAUGUGAAUGAUCACAGACCCAAGCCACAGCUUCCCCCCCUUGAACUGGGAACUCUGCGAAAAGAAUUUCCUCAGUCUAUCGGGGGGAGUGACAUUUGUUAUUUCUGCAAAAAACGGGUAUAUGUUAUGGAGCGGCUGAGUGCAGAAGGCCACUUCUUUCAUAGGGAGUGCUUCAAGUGUGAAAUAUGUUCUACAACACUCCGUUUAGGAAUUUAUGGCUUUGAUGUUGAAGAAGGUAAAUUUUACUGUAAACCUCAUUUUACGCACUGCAAAAUCAGUACUAAACACAGAAAGAGAAGAGCAACAUUACAGAUCCAAGGAAAGGAGGCAACAGAAGCAUGGAAGAAAGAGGAACCCAAACCCACAGACACGACCACAGAAAGCACUUUGUCUACUGCUAGCAGUCCAGAGGACAGGUCCCCAGGUAUCCUGACUUCCUUCUUUAGGGAUACGCUAAGCUGGCCCCUUCGGGUGACAAGGGAUCUGCUUGACAUUCCCAGACGCCUGUCUAACUGGAUGCAUGGUUUUCUGCACGCUACCAAUCUUCAUUUCAGGGACAAUGCAUAUAACUAUACCUACUUGUACGAACUCUUGAGCCUUGGUGUGCCAUUCCUCUGUGCUCUUCUAGAGGUACUUACUCAUAUGUACCGGGAAGCAGAGCUAUCACUUGAAAAUGUGCUUGAAUGGGUGAAAAAAUUCUAUAGGUCCAAUUCAUCAUUCCGGUGCUGCACCGACUCACUGGCUGAAGCCUUUCUGCUCUCAGACUGCUGCCUGCCCGCGGCCGAUGAGCCCACCUCCCCGAAGAAGGCGAAGAGCAUCCCCGAGCGCUGCGACUUGGAGAGCUGGUUCUCACCCCCUUCCCCCGAGUGGGCCACCGUGAGGGUCAUCCCUGAGGAGGAGAUGACCGAGCACAACCUUCUCGCUAUCCGAGUCAUGGUCACCAGUGAUGCAAGCAGCUCUGAGCUGGAGUCUGAUUUUAACGGUGACUCAUCAAACUCUGAAGUGAGCGAAGGACGGACCUCGCUGCUGGAGCCCCCCGCCUGCCUGAGCCCUGUCCGGAGGUGGGCAUCACUCGCCAGGAGCCCUGUGGCACCAGAGGAAAGCCCCAAAACAUCCAAAGUUGCUGAUGCACUACAGAGAGCCAACAGUUUUCACUCCACAGCGUUAAAUAAGUAUCAGAAUUGGAGGAGAAAACUCCAAACAAAUUUCCCUCUACUGUCCAGCAAGAAACCUGGGCUACACUGGAAGGACAGCUCAGCCAGCUGUCAAAGUGGUCCUGGAGAGGAUCACUCCCAAACACAGUUGGCUUCUUACAAGAAACCACCAGAAGUUACAAGAGGACAUUUCAAACCCUGCAGCCCAGUAUUUCAAAGAAAAGAAAAAGCCAGAGAGAUGCCUGAAGACAUCCGUCUCUAUGUGCCCCAUUGUCCUUUUCAGAGCAGCACCAGAGGUUCUCUAUGGACCCCUCCUGGGAGUGGGACACUGGCUGCUGAUUUUUCUGAGCCUGAAGAUACAGAUAGUGACAUUGGGACAUACACAGCCCAGGGCUGGAAGAAAAAAACCCAGAAAUAUACCUCUGAACCAGAAGGUUUUAAUAGGAAGACAAAAGUGCUGUCAUCUCUGGAUUUGAAAGAGAAAGAUGGCAAAAAUACAAGGUGCCCAGAAGAAAAGCUCGCACAAGAAUUAAAGGAGGCAAAACAUAGGCUGGUGCUUUGUACUCAACAGCGACCCUUGUCGUAUGAUUCAAACAGGAUGGAAUUAGGUGGAACCAGUCCAGGGUAUCGAAACAAAGGAGCGCUGUGGACUUCAGAGGAGAAGGAUGCUGACUGGAGAAAAGAUGUGUUCAAACUAUCUGGUUGUCCUGUGCCUCUCUUAUUUGCAGAUGAUGCUCCACCAGGUCUGCCAAUUGACACAAAAGAUGCUCUGAGGAGUCCAGAUGCAGUUGCCAGGGAGCACGCAGCUGGCUGGCCGAAAUCACCACUGAGGCUCAUAGCCAAUGCUAUCAAAAGGUCCAUUUUGGAGCCUCUAACCUCAUCUCCAGAAGGACUAAAGCAGGACUCAGACAGCAAAAUCAAAGCCUCUUCAGAGCAAGCUUUCUUCAGCUUCCCCAGUACUCCUGGCUAUUCCCUAAGCCAAAGGAACAGUAACAAUAAUAUAGCAAAUCACACUCAGCCACAGGAGCUUAAAGUAGGGGAGUGGGCAGGAGAAUAUUUAGGAAAUGGGAGCCCUUUCUUAAAUCCAUCUAAUUUUUCUGUCAGCUCUGAAGAGAGAUCUCCAAGGGAUUACAGUGAGGAGGUAUCCUUCCCAGUCUACAGUUCUCACACCAGGCCUUCCAAGACAACCAGUAUACCUCAGAAAUCAUCUUGCACUAGGAUGGAGGAUGUCCCAGGACUCCUAGAAAAGUUUACCUUUAAAGAGACUCCUCCAGGGGCUCCCAUGGAUGACAUGUUUAUCUGUAAUGAAAAGUACCUCCUUCUUUCAUCUCCAGAGCCCAAGAACACCUCCAAGGACAAUCUGGAUGACUCUGCACAGAAGGGUAGUCUUGGGUCACUCUUCAAUAGACUGAGAAGUAAAGUUCAUGACAGAGAAGGGAAUUCCUUUGUGUCAUCUCUGCCUUUCAUGAAGGACUGUUCUCCAGAAGACAGGCUAUGUUAUCCCUCCACAGGAUGGGAACAGCUACCUGUCCGAAAACAAGCUACCGAGUAUUCUACUUCUUCCUCCGAUGAUGAAUUUGAAUCCAAGCCUUCAUUAACACACAAGGCAAAAAGGGCUCUCAGAAGGAGAAGGAAGCUGGAGAAGGAGACAAAGCAAUUGAUUAAACAAGAGGAGCUGAAGAGGCUUCACAAAGCACAGGCAGUCCAGCGCCAACUAGAAGAAUUGGAGGAAAGACAAAGAGCUCUGGAGAUUUUUGGUGUCAAACUGGAGAGAGAACUAAGAGGAGAAUCAGAUUCAGGCACAAAGGAUGAAACUCAGAUGCUACAUGAAUGGUUUGAGCUGGUCCUGGAGAAGAAUAAAUUAAUGCGUUAUGAGUCUGAGCUCCUGAUUAUAGCCCAAGAACUAGAACUGGAGGACCACCAAAGCAGGUUGGAACAAAAGCUGAGAGAGAAAAUGGCCAUUGAUGACAGCCUAAAAGAUGAGAUGGAUCUGAAUGAGGAGGAUGAAAUUUUUACUGAGAUGAUGAAAGUGGUUGAAGAAAGGGACAAACUCGUGUCUACCUUAGAGGAGCAGAGACUGAAAGAAAAAGCAGAAGACCAGCACUUUGAAAGCAUUAUAUUAUCUAGAGGCUAUCAGCUGAGUAGGAUUUAAACAGCCACAUGCAAAUAAAGACGAUUUCAGCAAUAUUUGUAAUCAUGGAGAUCCAGUCUUCUGAAAAAUGAAGGAAUUAAAAUUUAAUAUCAGUUUAUUUGGGAAGCAGGUUUUUUUGUUAUCAAAAGCUCUUAAGCAGUUCUUUUUUGCUCAUACUGGAGUGAGUCAUUUCACUAUCAGCUUAAAGGAUCACCAAAAUACAGAAUAGGACUGAAUUUAUCUGUCUGAUGGGCAUCAAGGUC